AUGAAGUUUAGAGCAACAAAAUGGCUUCCAAUGCUGAAUAUGUCCACUCCCAGUGACCUCAAGUCUCCCUGCGUGACUCGGAACGGCAUGGUCAAGCUGUCCCCCCAGCCCAACGGCCUCGGUUCGGCCAGCAUUACUAAAGGCACUCCAGCUGCCAAGAAUCGCCUGUGCCAGUCGUCCUCCGUGCCCACCAUCUUGCCUCCCCCUAGCCUUCCCUAUCACCUAGAGCCCCUGCCCACAGCGGCCUCACUGCUGGGCCCUGACCUGGACACGAGCCCCGUGACUGCCAUCAAACCUCCCCUCCGGCAAUUUCCCAAGCCCCUGCUGGAGAGACAACUGGUGCUGGACGAGAAGGUGCUGAACCGGCUCUUAUGGUACUUCACCACGGCAGAAAAGUGCAUUCUAGCCCAGGUGUGCAAGACGUGGCGGAAAGUGCUCUACCAGCCCAAGUUCUGGGAAGGUGUGACGCCCAUUCUACAUGCCAAGGAACUCUACACUAUCCUGCCCAAUGGGGAGAAGGAGUUUGUCAGCCUGCAGGCUUUUGCUCUCAGAGGCUUCCAGUCCUUCUGUCUGGUGGGGGUCUCGGAUUUGGACAUUUGUGAGUUCAUCGACAACUAUCCAUUGUCGAAGAAGGGAGUCAAGUCUGUCAGUCUAAAGAGGUCGACUAUAACGGAUGCGGGACUUGAGGUGAUGCUGGAACAGAUGCAAGGUCUGAUGCACCUUGAACUCUCCGGCUGCAAUGAUUUCACAGAAGCCGGCCUGUGGUCCAGCCUGAAUGCACGGCUUACCUCUCUCAGUGUCAGCGACUGCAUCAACGUGGCAGAUGACGCCAUCGCCGCCAUUUCUCAGCUUCUUCCCAACCUAUCGGAGCUCAGCCUGCAGGCCUAUCACGUGACCGACACGGCCAUGGCCUACUUCACCGCCAAGCAAGGCUACACCACCCACACGCUGCGUCUGAACUCCUGCUGGGAGAUCACCAACCAUGGCGUAGUUAACAUGGUGCACAGCCUGCCAAACCUCACCUCCCUCAGCCUGUCAGGCUGCUCGAAGAUCACAGACGAUGGCGUGGAAUUGGUUGCCGAGAAUCUGAGGAAGCUCCGGAGUCUGGAUCUGUCCUGGUGCCCCCGCAUCACUGACAUGGCCCUGGAGUAUAUUGCCUGUGACCUACACAAGCUGGAGGAGCUGGUUCUGGACCGGUGUGUGCGGAUCACAGAUACAGGCCUGGGCUACUUAUCUACCAUGUCAACCCUGAGAAGUCUCUACCUGCGCUGGUGCUGUCAGGUGCAAGACUUUGGGUUACAGCAUCUAUAUGGCAUGAGGAGUCUUCGUCUUCUCUCUCUAGCUGGGUGCCCUCUGCUGACCACUACUGGCCUGUCAGGCCUGAUCCAACUGCAGGACCUAGAGGAGCUGGAACUGACCAACUGCCCUGGUGCCACAGCCGAACUCUUCAAAUACUACUCCCAGCAUCUGCCGCGCUGCAUGGUCAUCGAGUAGAGCAAAGAGUUUCAUGGGCACUAGCACCCACCGCAUCACCAAAACCUCCUCCUACAGACUGAUGAUAAACCCCUCUUCAUCCUGGACCCACAGGAAGAAUCAACGAGAGAAACUGAAUGGAAGUUUGUUUUUGUUUUUUUUCUGGAGGGGUGAAUAGGUAUCAUUGACAUGGAAGAUAAAAAAUCUGAAAGAGAACGUCGGAACGGGCCUGGACUGACGAGCGAGAGGGAUCAUGUACAAAGCGCAGUGGGUCAGAGGCUAGAUCUUUCAUUAAAUAACAUAAAACAUAGGAAUCAGCCCCCACACAUACAUGAAACAUGUUCCUCCACUGAACUGUGAGACUAGCUUCCAUGUCUCAUCCAAAACUGUUUAUCUUGAAGUGACAAAGGUGUGCGCUGCCUGUUUGAGCUGUCUCUCAUAUCCAGGGAAAGGUAGAGGGGAACCGAAAUGUUUAAGGGAAAGAACGAGGUUAAGGAGCCACUGCAACAGGGUGUCUUCACUUUUGUCCAGCGGCAUCCGGGUUUCUCGCUCCCCUCAGUGGUGCUGCUCCAUCUCUGUGUCUUAUCAAGGGAAAAAAUCAAGAACUUCAGAGAUGAACAGCUACGUAGAUUUUCACAUCAACGCUACUUGCUUUUUGUCAUGCAGUUCUCUUUUUGUCUUUUCUUUUUUAAAUAUUAUUUUUUUAAGUAUUAUUUUUGAUGAUAAGGAUUACUGUGAAACAUGGUAUGAGUUCGAGGUUUAGGACUCUUUGAAUAAGACAGAAAUCCAGGUAUGGUGAAGGUACAGUAUUGAGGUACUGUCCUUUGAAAGGAACCAGCAUAAUCAGAAGUCAGGAGGUUAUUUUUUCCCAGCAGAUUGCUCUUUUAAAGACAUUUUCAGAUAUUUUGAGUUGGGGAGAGCGGGGUGGAUCGGAACUGCUCAUACAUUUUAAUAUAGUUCAGAUGGACUGUGGUUUGUACAAAAGAUAGCUUGGCUUUUUCAUCUGCCUGUUUUAUUUUAAUUCCAUUUUGAUGUCAAUUGACAUUAGUGGCUUAUGUGCAGGUUUCCAUAUUAAUCCUGAUUCAAAUGAAGAUGAGAUCUCCGAGUGAUCCCAUAAUGCAGCUGGGCCACGUGACAGCCUUUCAAAGACUGAAACUGCACGUCAUUGCUUACUUGUCACCAGGCCAAACCAUUACAGCAGUAGACAGCAUGGCAGUUUCUUACAGUACGGGCGCAGUGUCUCUUUCAGCCCGAGUGCUUUUAAAUACAUCUGAUGAAUACGGUUUACAGUGAUUUGCAUCAAAUGCAGAGGCAGGCCAGUGUAAUAAAGUGAUCACAAACAUCCCACACAAGCUUAUUACAGUAGUCUCUCUUCAUCUAGCAGGUUUGCUUUCCCAUUAAGCAAGACCCACAUGUCUAGUUUUAGAUUAGUAGCACCUCUUUUUAUUUUCAGAGGUGCUCAUUUCUUCACCCUCACAAUUGUGCUCAUCUGUGGUGCCUACCUCAUUGUAUAACUGGGUAUGUAGAAUACAGGUCCACAGGAGAAUUCGUGGAAACCAGUCAUUUGGUCUUUUCCAACCCACUCCAUAGCCCAUACCGAACCCCGCAUUUGUUCACUCAGGAGAUUAAUGUGCUGCUCAGAUCAUCUCAGAAGGGCCUGCUGUGAUGUUGAUGACCUUAAUGUUCACCUACUCUCAAACUCAACACAUGCAAAGUGGCAGAAUAAAUGGCAUGGUGCACAAUUUUGGAGUCUUAGAUUGGCGAAUAAUUUAUUUAAAAGCAACCUCUAAGUUCUAACUAGUGAAAUGUGUUUACCUCUGAAUAUUAUAAUCAUCUGUGGACAGAUAUGGUAGCAGUGCAUGGAAUUUACCACUUUUUUUUCUUCAGGAAAUUGUACAGAAAUGUACUAGUGAAAUUUGAAAUUUCAGGCAUGCUGUCCCACUCAAACCACUGGUUUAGCUGGUUAGCACCCCUGCUGGUACAUGCCUGAACUACAUCAUCUGGAUGCAAAAAGCAUAUUUCUCAAUUGUUGGCCAUUCAAAAUUAGCAACAUAUUUUGACUUAAUAACUAUCUUUUAAAAACAACGGUUCCUAGAGCGAUUGCAUAAAAGAACCAUAUUCAGUUUUCCAAAGAAUGUUGCAAUGAAUAGUUCUAACCAUUUUGCCAAUAAGGAACUUUUAAUUUGUGUACAGUUGAGAUGAAUGAGAAUUCUAAUUGAUUGCUCGCUUUCUCCAAUUAUUAUAAACAUCUUUGAUUCAAACAUGAAGCUAAUCUUACUCCAAAAAAGUGUAGAACGAAACAGAUGGAAACUAUGUCGUGAAAAUCCCAACAUCACUGUCUUUAAAGUGGACACUACCCUAUCCCACCCUAAAUUCUCUAGGCUUUAACGAUAACCGAUUAUAUCUACUAAAAGACACAUUAGCAUAAACAUUAGCACUCACCUCAGAAAGGCGAUCUCUCUUCUUGUAUAUAGUGACCUGUUUAAUGGGGGGUCACAGCUAAUCAGGGUUACCAGCUGCUGCUUAUCCAGCCGAGAUCCCCUGAGACUUUUAAUCUCACUACCUUGUGUGACUUUAUCUUUUGAAUCAUUGAAGUUGUUACGUAUUUAUUUGCUUUUACUUAUCAUUGGUAGUGGGUUAAUUUAUUGACAAUGCACAUAUUUAUUUAUUUAUUUAUUACAUUUACGAGGGUUGUACGAGGUUUAUUUAGAAGUAGAACGUGUUUUUUGAUGGGGUACCUGAGGAGACAAGAACUACUAUGGAAAUUGGAGUUGAGUUUUUUUUCAGAUGAAUUGACCCUUUUUUAAAACCAUGGUUUCGCCGUUUAGAAUAACUGCAGUCUCUGAGGCACGUGGUUUUUUUUUUGGCAGGCAGACUGUUGACACUCAGCUGACAGAAGGGCAGUAACUUGUUGACGGAGGCCUUGACAGUGAGUUGACUUAGCCUCCUGCUGCCCAUUUUCUCGAGUUUGAUGACUAAUCUAGUUCACUUCUUUUGUUUUCGGUUGUAAAAUGGAUGUAAGUUGUUGAGAGACGCUGUCAUAAAGUCUAGUAAUAGUGAAUCGGCAUUGUGUCCAGGAUUGGAUGUGAAAUAUUCUGCACCAGUUCAUAUGCCUAAACUCAAAUUGUAGCUAUGUUUGGUUCCUUUGAGGUAUCCUGAUACCUGUUAGGAGACAUAUUGCAGUAUUUACACAAACUUGAUCGUCUUUUAAAGAAUGCAACAGGUUUUAUUCAAUUGCAAAGAUCUGAAGGAAUUCCCAUCAAAGCGCUUUUAAUUUCCUGUGUCUCCAUAAUAGAAACAGAACAAUUUGAGAUGAAUGAAAUAAAGAGAGAUUAUUAAUAUAUCGCUAAGGCAUUGCAUAGUAUUUGAGGACAGCUGUAUGAAACUGUCAGAGAUAUUGUAUUAAUCUUGUAUAAAUACUAUCGUUUUCACUUCCAAACCGAGCCUUUUCCCUCUUUGUAUAGAAUGAGAGUUUAUGAGUGUGGGAAUUUUUUCACCUAAAAGAACCCUAAAUAUAAAUAUAAUAACUCAUGCACUAACCCCACUGUAAUCUGUAAAUAUAUAUCAAUAUGUCAAGGUCAUCUGUCAGAAGGUUUAGCUGUUUUUGAGGCUGCCUGGCUCUAAGCGUGCACGUCCAUAACGCUUUAAGCGAAACGAGUCAGCAGAGAAACCUGGUCAAGAAAAGAGGCAAGAUAUGCAAAAAGGUUCAUGUCUUUUAGCGAUGAAUAACAUCAGCAAUCGAUAGUAUAAAAGACUUAAGCUUGUUUCACGUUGUACAUUGAGCUAAUAUCAAAGACAUGUUAAUACGGGCUAAAUGCAAGAAUGAAAUACUGGUACUACUGUGUGAAUUUCGCUUUCUUAUCAGACAAAUCUGGAUGGCAGAUAUGGAGUGGUUUUGUCUGAUUUACACUGUAAAAUUAAACCAUUUUCAAGGCCAGUUUCCAUAAAUAGUGCUCCUCUAUUCUUGCUCUCUGAAGGAGUUUUACUAGCUUACCACAGUGUGUUGGCAGUUUCUGUUCACCCUCCAGCUUGCUUUUAACUCUAAUGUCUGGUGCUUUUAAUUGUUAAGCGAAUAGAAUGAAUCCUCUGUUCCUCUAACUCUUCCCAACUAACAUAUGUCAGGAUUGUUUCUUUUACAAAAUUUGAGAAUGACAUGAUUCAACAACAGAAAACAGCUCUUUUGUUGGUUCUUUGUAUGUACUUGUACAUGUAAUACUAAACCAAUAUUAGUAAUGCUUUUGACAUUCAUACAGGGUCCGUAACAACGACUUUUAUUCUGGUGCAAACACCUUGUUUGGGCGAAUGUGGUUCAACAGCCUAAUGAGCAAUGUUAGAUAUCUGCCUCACUGAUUAUCUAAAAUGUUUCUCUAAUUUCUUUGGUAUUUUAUUUCUCUGGUGUGACAUGGGCAUGUCACAGUUCUCAGUUCUUUAGGGUACAUCUCUUUCUGUAAAUACUGUUGUAGUGGUUCAUUUAAAAUGAAAGAGAAAAAAAGACAAAGUUUUAUGAACUCAAUCUCAUGGCUGCAGUGCCUUGUCAGACAAGAGUUGUUGUUUUCAGUUGGUUGGUUCCAGUCUGCACCGUUUUAGUAAAAGUUGUACAAAAUAAGUACCAUAUUUGCGUCAUUAAUUUUCUCUGACAUUCAAUUGUUAAAGGCGCAGUUCACCCCAAAAUGUAUUUAAUGAUCAAACUGUAUGACUUGCUUCUGUGGAACAACAUAUAAGGGUGAUAAGGUGAAUAAAUGACUGAUUUUCAAUUUUUGGGUGAACUA